UUGCCACAUAACGUGGGCGAGGCGCCCGUGCACGCCGCGCCCCCCUGCACACGCACACGUAAGUGUAACUACUCAGUACUUGCCACAAAACGCGGGCGAGGCGCCCGCGCUCCACGCGUAAACUGGCGCGCGCACGCACACGUAAGUGUAACUACUCAGUACUUGCCACAUAACGUGGGCGAGGCGCCCGCGCACGCCGUGCACGCACAUGUAAGUGUAACUACUCAGUACUUGCCACAAAACGCGGGCGAGGCGCCCGCGCUCCACGCGUAA